AUGCAUAUUGCCCCAGAAUCUCAUGAACCAUUCACGCCAUAUGAUGGUCCUGCUGAUUGGGUACGCAAACAACCACCCAAACCUAUACCAUUAUGUGUACCGUCUUCAUUCCCACCAGAUGCUACACCAGGCGAAGUCAUUGUUCAAGUAUUCCACAUAGGCGCCGUAGGCCUAGAAUAUGUAGAAUUACUUCGAGGCGAUGCUGCAUGUGAUCAUCUUCAAAAAUAUUCUCGUAAUACUGAAGAAUUUGAGGAGAAUUUGUCCCUUUGUACAGUUCCACCAAAUUGGACAUAUAGUCCUCCCCCUCCACAAAAAUACCCAUUUCAAUAUAAUUACCCACUUUGUGUGCCAGUAGAAUUUCCAUCAUAUGCCUGUCCAGGUAAUGUAAUAGCUCAAGUAUAUAAACUGAAAGGACGUGAUGUUGUACCUGAACAAUAUCUGAGAGGUAAAAUAGCUAUUAAAUAUAUUAAGAGACUUGCCUUAAAGUUUCCACAUUUAUAUAAUACACUUUUGCAACAAUGUACAGUUCCAUUGCCAGGCUUCCCACAAGGACAAUAUUAUCCUCAAGGACAAUAUCCUCCUCAAGAACAAUAUCCUCCUCAAGAACAAUAUCCUCCUCAAGAACAAUAUUAUCCUCAAGAACAAUAUCCUCCUCAAGAACAAUAUCCUCCACAAGGACAAUAUCCUCCACAAGAUCAAACUCCUUCUCAAGGACAAAAUCCUCCACAAGAUCAACAUAUUCCUCAAGGACAGCUACAACAAGGUCAAAAUCCACAACCACCUAACCAAUAA